AAGAGCGGCUUUUGCGGGGCCCCGAGCGGAUUCUGAGUCGUGGCGAGGGGGCAGCGCCGUGCACACCAAAGAAGAGGCGGCAGUGGCAGCAGCGGCGGCCCCAGCCAUGCUGUGCUAUGUGACGAGGCCGGACGCGGUGUUGAUGGAGGUGGAGGUGGAGACCAAAGCCAAUGGCGAGGACUGCCUCAACCAGGUGUGCAGGCGACUGGGAAUCAUUGAAGUUGACUAUUUUGGACUGCAGUUUACGGGUAGCAAAGGUGAAAGCUUAUGGCUGAAUCUGAGAAACCGGAUCUCCCAGCAGAUGGAUGGGUUAGCCCCUUACCGGCUUAAACUACGGGUCAAAUUCUUUGUGGAGCCUCAUCUCAUCUUACAGGAGCAGACGAGGCACAUCUUCUUCUUGCACAUAAAGGAGUCCCUCCUGGCCGGCCACCUCCAGUGUUCCCCAGAGCAGGCCGUGGAACUCAACGCCCUCCUGGCCCAGACCAAAUUUGGAGACUACAACCAGAACACGGCCAAGUACAACUAUGAGGAGCUGUGUGCCAAGGAACUCUCCAGCGCUGCCCUCAGCAGCAUCAUCGCGAAGCAUAAGGAGUUGGAGGGGACCAGCCAGGCAUCUGCGGAAUACCAGGUCUUACAGAUUGUGUCGGCCAUGGAGAACUACGGCAUAGAGUGGCACUCUGUGAGGGACAGCGAGGGGCAGAGACUCCUCAUCGGCGUCGGACCCGAGGGGAUCUCCGUCUGCAAAGACGACUUCAGCCCCAUUGAUAGGAUCGCUUACCCUGUGGUGCAGAUGGCCACCCAGUCGGGAAAGAACGUGUACUUGACAGUCACCAAGGAGUCGGGGAACAGCAUCGUGCUCCUGUUUAAGAUGAUCAGCACCAGGGCAGCCAGCGGGCUCUACCGAGCUGUCACCGAAACGCACGCCUUCUAUAGGUGCGACACGGUGACCAGUGCCGUCAUGAUGCAGUACAGCCGGGACCUAAAGGGCCACUUGGCCUCGCUGUUUCUGAACGAAAAUAUCAACCUUGGUAAGAAGUACGUCUUUGACAUCCGAAGAACAUCCAAGGAGGUCUAUGACCAUGCCCGGAGGGCCCUUUACAAUGCUGGUGUGGUGGACCUGGUCUCCAGGAGCGACCGCAGCCCCCCGAGCUCCCCGCUGAAGUCUGCCGACAGCAGCACAAACUGCAGCAGCUGCGAGGGCCUCAGCUGCCAGCAGACCCGGGCGCUGCAGGAGAAGCUGCGCAAGCUGAAGGAGGCACUGCUGUGCAUGGCGUGCUGCGAGGAGGAGAUCAACUCCACCUUCUGCCCCUGCGGCCACACUGUGUGCUGUGAGAGCUGCGCCAUCCAGCUGCAGUCCUGUCCGGUGUGCAGAUCGCACGUGGAACACGUUCAGCACGUCUACCUGCCAACCCACACCAGCCUCCUCAAUCUGGCUGUCAUCUAAUCCAGCGGGUGUUUCUCUGACAUCCCUGGUGCCACGAACUGUAUUAUGAACUGUACAAAUAAGAGAUGGUGGAGAGAAGUAUGCCGACACCCAUUUGCCAUGUGAAGUUUGUUUUAAAAAGGAAGGCAAGAAGAACACAGCGCCCCUCGCUGCAGAAACACCCCUCCCACCCCGUGUGGAAGCAAGCACGCUGGUGGGGGGGGGUGGCUGGGGGUGUAGGCCCCCGGCACCUGCCCAGGACUUCCUUUUGCUUUCCAUGCUGGAGGAAAGGAGUAGGCAAAGUCCUCUUCGAUGUCAGUUAAGUGGCACAGUCGCCAGCAAGUGAGACCAUUCAGGGGGUUGUGUCGUGAACGCUGCGUGGUGUAUCCCGCGGUCAGUUCCCUCACGCGCAGGGAAUAUGUGUAAGAAUGGGUUUUAAGAGUUUACCGGGUUCCUCUUCUGUGGUCAUGGAGCUCCGAACAUUUUUUAAUAGGAACCGUUUUCUCAAAGACCUCGCCGUCCUCUGAAUGCCAUUUCUGUUUUCUUGACUUGUCUGAGAAGGACGGGAAGGUGCACGGAUUCUGAAAACGGGCCCAGUGACCUUCGAGAAAGUUGGCGAGCAAGAGUGGUCAGAAUGAAACCAGACUGGCCAGCCCCAGACGGGGAACUCAGGUGGAUGGCUUGUGCUUCGCCUUUCCUCUCCCAGCCGCCCCCGGCCAACCUCUCCUUCGGUUCUGAAGUGCUGCCCACCGGGGUUGCGGUGGGGCAGCCAAGCACUCCCUGGAUAGCUUACUGUGCAAGUUGGAAGUGGGCAGGGGAGCCCCCACCACCACCACCCCC